CUGUGCUUUGUCCCCCCAUUGAAAGGACCCAUUGACCCCAUCCACACCCAUUGACACCCUCAUUGUCGUCCCUUCUUCUGCCAAACCACAAUACCAAGCAACAAUCAUUCAUUCACUCCCUUUUUGCGAAUCCACUCACUUGCUCCAAAACAAAGCGAGGAAAUACCCUCAUUCAUUCCUUCAUCCCAUAUCGUCACUCUUUGACAGUCCCCUCGUGCAUACAUCUAUCUAUCGCUCGCCAAGUCCUCAACAAGACGACCUGCAUUCCCGCCCGCAACGGAACAUCUGCGACACACGCCUGCGUCCGAUCAAACGACCUCAUAACCCACCGCCCCAACAAACCGCCCAGCGACCACUUGGCCCAUCUCAUCUCGCCUCUCCCUUCCCUCGUACCCGCCCACAGUUGCAACAACAACGAGACGGAACGGCUCACUCCCAUGCCUGCUCGCCAGUAGACGCGCGGUUUCCAGAUCCACGACGCUUCCCGCGGACAUACACACAUUUUCUUGUCACGACGCUCGUUCAGCGAAUCUAUACAACCCUCUUGAUCCCACCGAGGAUCACUAUUCCCGCACAAGUCGGACCCGCAGGCGGAUGACCUCUGUGCUCUGAUCGACUCGUCGCUCGUUGUAGAGAAGGAAGAUAGUUGACUUGAAGUCGACACCAACAGUUCGUCCAACGACGAGUAAUACCCCCGGCGGGAAUCAAGAUACCCGCUGCACAUUCAUUCAUUCGAGUCAAUCGCUCUUUGUUCUUUUUCAAUACCCCUUUUUUAGUUUCUGGCUGGCCCAGAUAUUUCAAUCUUUCAACAUAAUUCAAAAUGUUGUGCGGACGCAAGAAGGCGAAGGAUAUUAAGUUGGAGGAGAAGUGGGAUUUUAUCAGUCUCCAAGAUUUCAAGGCAUCGUCGUUUUUCGAGUACCUAGCAUAUGGAUAUCUAUGGUUAUCACUGGUCAUCUCUAUUGCCGUCUACGGCGUCGAUACUUUCACUGCAUACAACCUCAUCGCGUUGAACAAGUUCACCAGCAUCGAGCCGGUCAUCAAGCUAGACAUCUCGAAAUGGAUCUUCGCCGGCUGCAUCAUUGCGUCGUGGGUCAAUGUCAUCUACGAGCAUAUCCGAGCACAUCUGAUCAUCAGACGCGGCGCCGUGGCUGAGAGCUACCUCGAUUCCCUGGCAGUCCGACUCCAGGCCAUUCGCGUGUUUGGGCAAGGUCGUGGCUGGAAGCGCUUCCUGGUCUUCUCGGAGCUGACGAAGAGUAAGAAAGGUGCCGAGUACGUGGCGCUGUUCACCUACUUCUCGUUCCAGUCGUGGAUUCGUGUUAUUUUCUGCUCCGGACCCAGACAGGUCAUCAACGCCCUGACGCUGAGAUCUGUGUAUAUUGCUCAGCUCGACCCCAAGAACAGAGACGCAGCGACCUCGAUUCUCCAGUUCUUCAAGAACUUUGGUAUCCUGGCCGACCAGGACAAGAAACAGGCUGUCGUCCUGUCUGGUAUGGUCUUCACGCUCGUCGUCUGGAUCUUCGCCGCCCUGAGCCUGCUGCUCGCCAUGCUCUUCUACCUCCUUUUCCUCUGGCACUACAUCCCCAACGGCGACGGCGGCCUAUCCGGCUACUGCGAGCGUAAGAUUAACGGUCGUCUCCAAAAGAUCGUCAGCGUCAAGAUCAACAAGGCCAUCGAAGAGGAGGAACGCAAGCGCAACAAAGCCAACCAAAAAGCCUUCAAGAAUGGCGAAAAGCCCACACUCGGCCGCCAAGCCACACUCCCUACCCUCUUCGACACAAAAGACGACAACAAGCUCCCAUCAAUGCCAAUGCUCAACCGCAACGACACCACAGCAACCCUCCCAAUGUACACUUCCCGCCCCGGCACGCCCUCAUCCCAGCAGCCCAAGCUCCCAGACUUCGAACUCAGCAACAUGGACCAAAAGCGACCCGUCCCAUCGCGCCUCAACACCGCUACCUCAGCAAGCAGCUACGGCGCGUCGUCUGGUCUCGUCGCCAAUGCAGCUGAUAUGGGAUACAGUCGCACUGGAUCACCCGCGCCACCGAUGCCGGGACAGGAGGGGACCAACGGAAUGCCGUUCCCGGCGCCCCAACGCACGAUGACGGGAGGGACGAAUGCGAGCCAGGGCAGUUGGGCGCAGCAGCAGAGGGUGCCACAACAGUUGAGGAGUGGACCGGCGCCGCUGCAGAGGCAAGGGACGCAGGAUUCGUAUGGCAAUGUUGCCGGUAAUGGAAUGGGCAAUGGGAUGGGCAAUGGAAAUGGGAAUGGGAAUGGUGGGUUUGGACCACCUCAACGCCAAAUGACUCAGGACUCAUACAACUCCUACAACCCCCCCAGCCGCAACAUGACGCCGUUUGACCGCGUUGCCUCCCCGAUGGAUAGGUCUGUGGGCAACACACCCUUCGACCGCGUUGGAUCCCCAAUGGAUAGGUCGAUGGGUGGAAACACACCACUCGCUCGCAUCGCCUCCCCCAUGGACCGCUCAAUGGGCAACAACACACCCAUAACCCGCACCGACUCACCCCUCUCAUACACCUCCCGCCCGGGGCAAAACUACACACCCGCCCCCUCGGCACUGUCACAGGACCCGUACGCUCCUCAGCGCAACAACAACCAAAGCCAGAACCACGAUUCAUAUGACCCGUACUCCACUGCUUCCCCGACGAGAGCUACGCAUGCAGGCGGCGUUGCAAUGGACGAUGAACCGACGCUGCCCAGUUUCGACGCACCUACCAUCGUCGCACCACCACGAGGCGAUACGCCAUCGAGUCACUACGCGCCGUCCAUCGCAAGCAGUCGCGGCGCCGGCGACGCGUACAGCCGCCCUGGUCCUCCACCCGCUGGACAAAACGCCCAGACCCGAUAUGGACGCUCGACACCUAGCCAAGGGUCAAUUGAGAGCUCGGUGGGGAGACGCACACCGGCGUUUGAUACCGCGAGCGUGGUCUCGGAUCGCAGUAAUGGGAAUCCGUAUGCACCACAGCGUACACCGGCGUUUGAUACCGCGAGUGUGGUUUCGGAUAGGAGUAAUGGGAAUCCGUAUGCCCCACAACAGCAGCAGCAGCAGGGGAGGAUGGGGUUGGCGUCGCCGACGGGGUCGUAUGCGCAGCCGGUGCGUAGUGCGUCGGCGGGGGUUGGGCAGCAGGGGCAGGGGUAUGCGAGGCCACCGCCAGGGAGGAAUAUGACGGACCCUAAUGGUGGGCAGGGGGGGUAUAAUGCGUACGGUGGAGGUGGAGGUGGUGGGGGAGGGUAUAGGCAGUGAGUAAGAUAGGAGAGAGAAGGAAAGAAGGAAUGGGGAUGGAUAUCAUGAACGAACUGAGCACUUGCCGUGUGCAUACUACACUAACUUAACUCUUUGUAAAUGAAUGAGAGAUGGAGAUUUUUUUGAGAGCGCGAUUUUAGCGAUGGGAUAUGGACUUGGGGGGUAUUGGGGGAUGAUAGGAUAGGAUAGGAUGGAGAAGAAAAGAAAGAUCUGUGUUUUUG